AUGGCGCAAGAUAUCUCCCUUGGCGAUAAGGAGGACAAGAAGGAGGACGCAGAGGAGCUGGCUAUCGAGCCUCGGUUAAAGAAGGACAAACCCGCAACCGAGUUAAAAGCAGAGAAGGCCAAGAACCGCGCGCCCUCCUGGGCAUUGCUCAUGCUCGAAUGUCUGUACUUCAAAGUCUCUUGUCGUGGUUGCGGCAGAGAUCUGGCCAUUGGCGCCUGGAUCGUGGCCCGUGGGCUCGUGGCCCCAGGGAGAAGAGCAGCGAUGAGUCUCAUUCCGCCGUCACCCGCUCGCCGCCAUCGAACCGGGACCUGCUUCUUGUAA